AUGGCUUUCACCUUUGCCCUCCCGGAUGCGCGACGAAUACGAUACUACUUCCAACGCCUACCACUCUGCACCCGAGGUCUCCUAGUCGUACUCACAGCAUUCUACAUUGGUCACCUCUUCACACCCGCGCUGAACCGCUGGGGAGCUCUGGUACCACAAGAAAUAAAUCUUAGUACAUUAUACCGCCUGAACACCUACCCACUCCUGCACAAAAAUCUCCUCCACUUCACCCUCAACUCCCUCGCUCUGAUCCCGCUCCUCGAACGCUUCGAGUCCGAACACGGCACCAUCGUGACCUUCAUCCUCUUCUCCGGGCCCUUCGGCCUCCUCCCUGGCGGCCUCUACACCCUCCUCGAACGCUACAUCUUCCGCCUCAACGGCGCCGCCAUCGGGGCCAGCGUCUGGGUGUUCCUGCUUCUUGCGUCCGAGAGCAUAAAGACGUACCGCACGAACCCGUAUUUUGCGAUUGGGGAUGUCAAGAUCCCGACUUGGGUGACGCCAAUAGCGAUUAUCCUCGUAAUAAAUUUCUUGGUGCCCCAUACGAGUUUCCUAGGACAUUUAUGUGGUGCUCUGGUCGGAUAUCUAUGGGGAUUGGGAUACAUCAAAUUCCUCGCGCCACCGGAGAAGAUUCUUAGGUUCAUUGAGAGCAAGUUGAAUCUACUCGGCAGGUUGCCGCAUUAUGUUAGUGUGGACCAGAAGACUUAUGGACGGUAUGGCGUUCUGCCGAGUACGAGUGAGACGAGACCUGGGCCUGGGAGAGGGACAUUAGGGGCGAUGAACGGAGUUGCUGUUAGUCCUACGGAUGGUGGUGGUGGGCAGAGGCUGGGUCCUUGA